AUGAAACCACGUAACCCGCUCAUUCUCAUCCGGGAUGAAAGCACGAGACGUCAACGCAUCCUUGCUGUCGAAAGCCAGACACGAUCAGCGCUCGAAGAGAUGUUUGUUGACGGACAGCUGAAGAUUCACAAUGAUACAAAGAAACAGUUUUUGGAGACGGCGGCAGUUCUCGCGACCAUCUCAAAAGACACCAAUCGCAACAUGGCGCUGCGAAGUGGUGAGAAUGGAAAUAUAUCAACGAAAACGAGCUUUGUGAGCGUCGAUCCUUCUUUGCACCCAUCAAGCGCCACCAAACAAACUUAUGUUGAAGCUGAGAGACCGAUUCCGCUUUCGCGGCCGAAGCCGGUUCCUCUUGGCGGCCAGUCCUUGACGAGCCGUGAACACCAAUUACAACGAAGACAACACAGGAUCCCCUCAGUGGUGUCGGAGGGUGACGGAUUUAUUCACGUUGUCUUCGAGGCGGCUAAGGAUCCGGCGCUAAGCGAGCAACAUAUAGAGGCGUAUCUCCAGUCACUCAAGACACAAUACAUAUUAGAGAGCCUAUCUAGGCGUGAGGUGCAACUUGAAGAGACCCAGAAGUUUUCAAAAAUAAUUCAGAGAAUGUUCGAAGACCGGAUGGUGCGGGGGCAGAUUUCUCGCUAUCGGCAGCGACGGGAGGAAGAGUUAUGGGAGACCCUUCAAGAUAUACAAACAUGUAUAGAGAAGGAGGAAGUGCGGCGCAACUUGAUCGUCAGCCAAGAGAGUCUUGAUAGGAGGCGAAUACAGGGCCGAUUCGGCGAAACUGAAAAUGAUAAAUAUGAUGAGGACUACGAAGAACUCCAUACACAUCACUGGGUGUCUACCGCAUACUUCCUCGCACGUGAGCAAAUGAAUUUACAGGAAAGCGCGAGCCGGCAGAAGGUGUACUUGGAAGUAGCCAGGGAGCGCCACGACUUUGACAUGCAGUGGAAGCAGCUAGUUGCAGGGAUUGCGAAAACCCCAGUGCCACAGCCGCUAACAGACUCUGUAACCACAUCUCAAUCUAGAGCAUCAGCAUCUCCAUCUCCAUCUCCAUCGCCACCCCCGCAGCGUUCCACAAACAUCAUGAGGGAAUGGGAUGAUCAGAUGGAUAAACUCAUGGAUGACGAGAUUUAUAGCCUAAUACAUAUCCUCCAAAAGUAUAAAAGAGUGAGGACAAACGCAACGGUUCUAGACAGUGCGGCACAUGGGAAUAGCCCCAUAUGGAACAGCUGCCUAAAUGACCACAUAUAUCAAAGUAUAGGGAUCACAAAUCAAUCGCCAAUUCCUAAACGGGAUUCAUCCAUACAACUUGCACAGGCAAUUUACCUAUCAUGCAUAGAAGCUGCAAGUACCUUAGAACAAGAAGAGGAUGCAGCUAGAGACGAUAUACUGGACAAUGAAAUUAACAGCUUCAUGAAACUCCUCCGAACAGCUGAAAAGAAAAUAAUCAUACAACAAUACCGCCAAGGUGAUGAUGAUCUUGCACAAACCACAUCGCCCCAGCACAACCAGGAGGAAAUACAAUGUCCAAGGGCGCAUACGGAUUCACUAGAUACAACUUCACUAGAACGCUACAUUGCACGCAGCGAAAUAGAGGAAAAACAAGAAAUUCACAACACUCCACCCCGCACACUAGAACAAAGCGCGGCGGAGGAUGAGGAGUCUGAUUGCCGUGGCGACUUGGCCUCGGACGAGCAGGNAGCAUGGUUCGAGCUUGAGCGUGACGCCGUGGACGCUGCGGAGGACGCCGAGCGUCACGCGCUGGAGGGCAGCGAGGCCGCUGAUGUGGACGCCCUGGUGACCGCGUGCCACAAUGCCCUGUGCGAAUGCGCGGCGGAUGCCCUCUGUGCGGCGGAGGAUGAGGAGUCUAAUUGCCGUGGCGACUUGGCCUCGGACGAGCAGGCAGCGUGGUUCGAGCUUGAGCGUGACGCCGUGGACGCUGCGGAGGACGCCGAGCGUCACGCGCUGGAGGGCAGCGAGGCCGCUGAUGUGGAUGCCCUGGUGACCGCGUGCCACAAUGCCCUGUGCGA